AUGAAGGGGUUUCUGUGCCUGAUUGGUGCGCUUUACUUGUGUUCACACAGCCACGUGGACGCUGAAACACGUUUGAGUAGAAGAGCUAUUGAAAAAGCUGUGGAAGAGGCGAAGGCCACAGUGGACUCGGCGUAUGAGUACUCCAGAAAACAGAGCAUUGAGCGUGUGAGGACGAAUGCAGCGAAGCCUUCAGACGUCCUGCGUUUGUUGAAACAGCCUGUGGGGCCAACCCGUCUUGCAGUGCGAGCGGCCGACUACAUGGACAACACCAUCAAAUUAAUUAAGACUUCUCUGGUGGCACGUCAGAAGCGCUCCAUCAAUGCCACAGAUUUGAUUUCUGCGGAGGAUCUGCAGUUGAUCUCUGACCUGACAGGCUGCUCUGCCCAUCAGCGCCCCGCCUCUUGCAAGACUGUGUCCAAUUUAGAGAGGUUUCGCACUGCGAGCAGCAUCUGCAACAACCGAAAAAACAGCCGCAGGGGAUCCUCCAACACGCCUUUCACCCGCUGGCUCCCUGCCGAGUAUCAGGAUGAAAUAUCUCUGCCGAAGGGCUGGGACCUUAAGCUGAAGAUCAACAAACAACUUCUUCCUUUGGUGAGACAAGUGUCCAACCACAUUCUGAGCACUAAAAACUCUGACGUGGAGAGUGAUCCCCUCUACACUCACCUGGUGACCAUCUUCGGUCAGUGGACGGACCACGAUCUGACUUUCACUCCCCACUCUCCUGUCAUCCGCUCCUUCAGUAACGGCAUCGACUGCGACAAGACCUGUGAGCGCACAGAGCCCUGCUUCCCCAUCGCGAUUCCCACCAAUGACAUCCGCUUUGUGGAACACUCAGAAAAAUGCAUCCCCUUCUUCCGCUCAACAGCAGCUUGUGGUUCUGGCCAGACCGGGCACAUGUUUGGUGCGAGCACUGUCCGCCAGCAGAUGAACACUCUGACAUCUUUCAUUGAUUCAGGCCAGGUGUACGGUUCAGACGACACCAAAGCUCAAUUCUUACGUGACCUCACCAAUGAUAAAGGCUUGUUGAGGGUCAACACAGCAUACACCGACAACGGGCGAGAGCUACUUCCCUUCACCAACAUGGGCGCCAACAUGUGUGCUACCCGUGCUAGAAUUACCAAUGAUAUCAGUCUUAAGGAGGUGCCCUGCUUUCUUGCUGGUGACGAGCGCUCCAACGAGAACAUCGGUCUGUCGUCUUUGCACACACUUUUCAUGCGCGAGCACAACCGCCUGGCUCGUGCUUUGGCCAAACUCAAUCCUCACUGGAACGGAGAGAGACUCUACCAGGAGGCACGCAAGAUCAUGGGCGCAUACUUCCAGGUGAUCACGUACCGAGACUACUUAUUCCACAUUGUCGGCCCGGACGUGAUUGCCAAGCAGCUAUCCACCUACCCUGGUUAUGAUGAAGAUGUUGACCCCAGCAUCUCCAAUGUGUUCGCCACUGCUGCUUACAGAUUUGCCCAUCUGAUGGUUCAGCCCUUCAUGUUUCGUCUCAACGAGACAUAUGAGGAGCAUCCUGAGUACCCCAGCCCGCUGCUGCACAAAGCGUUCUUCACGCCAUGGAGGAUCCUCUUUGAAGGUGGCUUGGACCCGAUCCUGAGGGGUCUGGUGGGUCGCAGGGCAAAGCUGAACACCCAGGAACACAUGAUGCAUGACGAGCUGAGGGAGCGGCUGUUUGAGUUCUCCAAAGAGUUGGCUCUGGACCUGGCCUCUCUCAACAUGCAGAGAGGCAGAGACCACGGACUCCCUGGGUACAACGAGUGGAGAAAGUUCUGCGGGCUGUCGCAACCCAAAAAUGAAAGACAGCUGAAAAGAGUGUUGAAUAAUAAAGAACUGGCCAAGAGCCUGCUGAAGCUCUACAAGACACCAAGCAACAUCGAUGUGUGGGUGGGAGGAGUGGCAGAGCCGUUCGUCAAAGGAGGAAGAGUGGGACCCCUGUUCGCCUGCCUGGUCGCCACUCAGUUCCAGAGGAUCCGUCAGGGAGACCGACUUUGGUGGGAAAAUGAGGGAGUGUUCAAUGAAGACCAAAGGGAGUCGCUGAAGCAGACGUCGCUUUCCCGCAUCAUCUGUGACAACACGGGUAUCACUAAAGUGCCCGACAAGCCCUUCCAGUUCAAGUCGAAAGAUUCCUACACUGAAUGUGAGAAAAUCCCUGCCUUUGACCUCAGUCCAUGGAAGGAGGAAAUUGAGUAGAAAUCAGGGAGAGAGAGAGAGUACUGAAUGACAUGAGGGAAAAGAGCCACAGAUAGGACCAGCCUCUACACAUAGGGCACGCAAACCAACC